CCCUCUUGCCACCCUCUGUGUGUGUCCCACCCUCACCGGCUUUGUGACCUAGGUGCCGAGCCGCUUCCUGGUCAGCCGCGCUGUGGAGGAAGGAGCCAGCAGUGAGGUGCUGCCGCUCGCUGCCCCGGGCAGGGGCACAGUUGAAAUCAAGGCAAUGGCUUACUACCUCAACUCAGAAACCCACGUGGAUCCAGGACCCAUCUAUGUUCGAGAAAAUGGGCAACUACACAUGGUCAAUCUGGCUCUGGAUGGUGUUAAGAACAGCCUGCAGAAGCCACGACCUUUCAGACUCUUUCCCAAAGGCUUUUCCGUGGAGCUGUGCAUGAACAGGGAAGACACUGCACAGAAGGAGAAGACUGAUCACUUCAUCUUCACAUACACCCGCGAGGGGAAUCUGCGCUACUCUGCCAAAUCCCUCUUCAGCCUGGUGUUGGGCUUCAUCUCUGACAACGUUGAUCACAUUGAUUCCCUUAUUGGCUUUCCUGAGCAGAUUGCUGAAAAGCUAUUCUCUGCUGCUGAAGCCAGACAGAAAUUCACAGAGCCAGGUGCAGGGCUCAGGGCUUUACAGAAGUUCACUGAGGCCUAUGGGAGUCUGGUGCUUUGCUCGCUGUGCUUAAGAAACAGGUAUUUGGUGAUUGCAGAAAAACUUGAAGAGAUCAAGUCUUUCCGAGAGCUCACCCGACUGGAUCUUUCCUGUUGCAAGCUUGGAGAUGAACAUGAACUUCUAGAACAUCUCACCAAUGAAGCUCUGUCUAGUGUAACUCAGCUCCACUUGAAGGAUAAUUGCUUAUCUGAUGCAGGCAUUCGGAAAAUGACAGCACCAGUAAGAGUGAUGAAAAGAGGCCUUGAGAACCUAAUGCUGUUAGACUUAUCUUGUAACCCUGAGAUCACAGAUGCUGGAAUUGGAUACCUAUUUUCUUUUAGAAAACUGAAUUGUUUAGAUAUCUCUGGAACAGGGCUAAAGGACAUCAAAGCCGUCAAGGACAAGCUACAGACACACAUAGGCCUUGUUCACUCCAAAGUGCCUUUGAAGGAAUUUGAUCAUAGUAACUGCAAGACAGAGGGCUGGGCUGACCAGAUCGUACUGCAGUGGGAGCGAGUGAGCGCGGAAGCUGUGCGGCAACGGAAAGAUGGAAAGGCAGCUCAGUACUUCUAUCAAAAACGAGCUCUCUCAGAAGCCUCAAGGAAAUGUCCUCUGGCAGACACCCACAUGAACUCUUCUGGAAAACUCCAGUUCUAUAGAGAGAAGGUUCCAGACUGCCAUGGGCCACUAUUGAGUCAAGAGUCAAAGAAGAGCAAGAAGAGAGCUUUCGAACAAUCAGAGCAGGAGCAGAGCGCGCCACAGUCAGCCAAGCAGAAGUGUGUGUGUCUGGCCGUGGAGGACUGGGACUUGCUGAAUUCCUACUGACUGACACUUACAGUCAGCCUUUCCCUCAUCUCGGCACAUGAGGAGGAGAGACUGCUGGUGAUUUUCUUUUGGUUUGGAUUUACUUAUGGCAUUAGCAUAGCAAGCAAAUAUUUCUACUUUUGUGGGGGAGGGGGAUGCCAUGAACGUAUGUAAUAAUUUCUAAUGUAUAUUUUCAAUACAUAGUAAUUUUUUCAAAUAAACUCUUUUGCUCUCGUUGA